AUGGCCCAGCUAGGGCAGUCACUUCGCUACGUGUGUAGAGGCUGCCGCACACAACGGCAUGAAUCUGCAAAGAGUGCCUCUUCACGCUUCUUCAGCAGCACUCCUCAACGAUUAAAGAGUAUGCACAUCGCCAUAGAUCUCUUCUGGCCAGGACAAGACGCUGACGUGUCUAUAGCGAUUCCGAAUUUCGUGCCCACAGCAAGCCCUGAGUUUGAUGAAUUACUGGCCGACCUCCGACAACGAGUCUUUCUUCCAGCCGCGCUCUCACCACAACAUCAGAAACUCAUCUUUCGACGCCGCCACGAUGAACUGCUCAAUAAGGAUCCCGGCAUCACCGUUGCCAUGGAUGAUGGUGAGGAGAUUAGGCUUCGACCUACAAAAUCCUACGAUAAGCCAGCUCUCAGGGAUUAUACGAAGCAACUUUUGUCACUCCUAGAAGCCUCGAGUUCGACAUGGUCGAAUCUGUCCCCGUUCCUCCAGGGGCUGGUCUUGACGAAACAAAAUACUCCUGAGUAUUUCUGGGAAAGAUUGACACGAAAAGCUGGUGAGAUGGGUAAAGAAGGCGUCUUGUUGGACUGCGCCAGAUCAGCAGAGAAGACAAAUUUCAGACUUUGCAGGCCACGAGUGGCACGGGAGUUUUUCAUAGCCUUCCAUAAACAGGCGGCGGCGGGCGAGUUCAAGGGUGCGAAACUGGAAACAGCAUGGAAACGCGCACAGACUGCUGCUCUCAUGCUCGAAUCUGAGGAGCAUUUACACCUCAAGUCUCUACACGAUGUCGGGGCCCAACCAGGUGAUAGGAAGCCUCGGCCGCAACCUCAGGUCGAUGCCCGAUCUGAUCCACUUGUUCUUGCAACUCUACUUGAGCUGUGUGCACAUACAGCGGUCAAGGACGGAACCGACGACCUCCGCAGACAAGUUACCAGCUUCGCCGGAAAGCUAGCCUAUGUUAUCCAGGACACGCCAGUGGAAGGGCCCAAGGAGCCCAAAGUGGAGAGUGAGUUACAAAGACUAGCAUCGAUGUCAAAUGAGCUCGAGACGGAAUUGAUUAUGCAGGGCGCGAUUGAGACAGCCCUAACUGUCGGCUCGAUUGCGGAUACUGAUGAAGACGUUCUGAAAGGCCAUCUCGAAGUCCUUACCAAGAAGAUUGAGGAGAAGGAGAAGACUUUGCGGGCAGCAGCGGUUGCUAGUGGACGCUCCAGGCGCUCAUUAGAAAUGUACGACCAGUUACAUCCGUCGCAAUAG